CACACACACCAAGACAAAUAACUCCCUGCGGCUGCCAGCCGGUACUGGAAACAUCACACACACCAAUAUGUUGGAUAUAACAGGCAGACGGCAGGAUUUAACAUCUUCAGAGUUCCCAGUUGUCUUGAAAGCACUAUAAAUCCAGAGAAUACCAGACUUGGAUGACAAAUUGUGACGACAAAAUUUGCCCUCAAGAGGGAUCGCGGUGCCACCUUCCUGUUCAAGUGAGCACAGCACAACAAGGUGUUUUUGUUGCCGCUGGUUCCCAUUCUGGGUUUAGAAUGUCUCACACAGGUAAACCGGUGGUCAUCCCUCCAGAGCUCCCCGGCAUUCUGAAGCAGUUCACCAAGGACGCCAUCCGGACACAACCUGAAGACCUGCUGGAAUGGGCCACACUGUACUUCAGUGCUCUGGUCCAGGGGAAAACGUUACCUGUGAACAGGACACCAGACAAAGUGGUAACCCCCAACACCAUGGACCUCACACCUGAGGUACUCACCACAAUGCACGAAAAGCUACAUAAGAAUGGCACAGUCAGUAAGAAGGAGGUGAGCAAGCUGUGGAGGUCGUUAGGAUUGGCUGACGACCUUCUCAGACACAUCAUGACAGUGGGCUGCUUCGGAGAUCAACUCGACUGGAUAAAAUUCUUCGCCCUGGGCUGCAGCUAUCUGGGAGGGACGAUCAAGAACGCCAUGACCCACGCGCUGUACAUCCUGAACUCAGACAGCUCGUGUAAGCCCCCAGACGCCUGCGUCACCUUCGAGACCUUCCGCUUCCUUUACUCCUACCUGGCUGCGGUGGACAGAGAGGUGUCCCAGGCCCAGAUAGACCGAACCAUUACCUACUUGGAGGCUCAGGCGAAGGCGCGUGAUGGGAUGGUGAAGGUGUCGGACUUCGUCAACAGUCGUAAAGUGCGUUUGGGAUAGACUCACCCUCUCUCCCCCUUAGAACUUUGUUCUAAUAAAGAUGGUUCCAAAGAAACUCUGUU